GGUGGCCUGUAUGAAGCCUGCCUUAUGGGGGCCUGAGGCUUUGUUCACACAGAGCUGGUGUUCGAGUUUGUAUUUUGUGACCUCCACCUGUGUUGGGGUGACAGAACAAGCCAACAAUGGGCCUCCUUAGGCGAUACUCAGCUGUGUUGUUGCUGCUGGGUGUUUUGGGCUGGCUGCUUUGUAAUGAGUGGAGAGCCGGCCGUUCCUCUGCCGUUGGGGAAGGUCCAAUUCUGACGGCGGAGACUGUCUCCCUGACCUUUGAUGCCUUCCUCUACAGCCAGCAGCUGAGGAGAAAGCUCCUGAGGUCAUUCUGCGCCCAAAGAGCAGAGGUCAGCGGGUUCCGCCAGCUCGUACGCUUCUUGAGACUGCGUGCGAACGCGCGCCACCGUCUGGUGUACUGUGGAUCCCCCGGCACGGGCACAACGGACUGGGAGAGGGCGCUGGAGAUUCUGAACGAUGUGCCGGCAGAGGCGGGGAUGCUAGUCAAUGAGAGCGCUCCAUCGGCUCUGCCCGACGGGGACCUGAGCUGGAAGGACGUGGACACCAUUGACCGCCUGCCGCCAUCCUACACCAAGGUCAUCUUUGUCAGGCAUCCGUUUCAGCGGCUGAUCUCCGCCUACAGCCACAGGCGCUUCGCUGGCGAGCCCCUUGAGAUGUUUGUCCAGCGUGCACUGGGAGAGGGGACGGCGGCGGAGGAGUCAGCCGGCUGGAGGCCCCUGGUCCAGAUGUGCCAGCCGUGCUUCGUCCGCUACGACUACGUGGUGGCCCAUGGGCUCCUGGAACAGGAGCUGGGCCACCUCCUGAGGCGGCUGGGCUUCCCAGAGCAGGCAGGGCUGCCCCCGUUCCGGGACUCGGAGGAGAGCCUGUGGUCCCAGAGGCUGAUGGACCAGCACCUCGGCCAUCUCCCGGCCUGGCUGCUGAACCACUUGCUCCGGUUCUACCGGGGCGACUUCGCUGCCUUCAAUUUCACCCACGGCUUGACUUUGAACUAAUGGAGCCCUCAAUGCCAACCCCCCGCCGAACUGCUCGGCAUCCAGACUGGAUGCGUGAGCAGAUGGAGGCCUCUGUCACCUGCUUCCGAUCAACCAAUGAGGUGACAGGAUUGGGCAAAGUUCCAAAUAGAUAACGCUGAUUGGUUAUUGCAUGCAGAGAGGGACUUUGUGGGUAAUGUAAUCGCCACGUUACAGUCAUAGAGUCAUCCAGCACAGAAGCAGUCCAUUUGGCCCACUAGAUCCAUGCUGACCACUGGUCACCCACCCUUAAAGAACAUAGAACAUAGAACAUUACAGUACAGUACAGGCUCUUCGGCCCACGAUGUUGUGCCGACAUUUUAUCCUGCUCUAAUAUCCAUCUAACCCUUCCCUCCCACAUAGUCCUCCAUUUUUCUAUCAUUCAUGUGGCUAUCUAAGAGUCUCUUAAGUGUCCCUAAUGUAUCUGCCCCCACAACCUCUGCCGGCAGUGCGUUCCACGCACCCACCAAUCUCUGUGUAAAAAACUUACCCCUGACAUCCCCCUUAUACCUUCCUCUAAUCACCUUAAAAUUAUGCCCCCUCGUGUGAGCCAUUAUCUCACUGGGAAAAAGUCUUUGACUGUCCACUCGAUCUAUGCCUCUUAUCAUCUUGUACACCUCUAUCAAAUCACCUCUCGUCCUCCUUCUCUCCAAAGAGAAAGGCCCCAGGUUGCUCAACCUAUCCUCAUAAGACAUGUUCUCUAAUCCAUGCGUCAUCCUGGUAAAUCUCCUCUGCACCCUCUCUAAAGCUUCCACAUCCUUCCUAUAAUGAGGUGACCAGAACUGAACACAAUACUCCAAGUGUGGUCUAACUUAUGUUCUAUAGAGCUGCAACAUUACCUCGCAGUUCUUGACCCCAAUACCCCGCACUAUGCCAGCACUUGGCCCGUAGUUUCUAUGCCUGAGUGACUCAAGUGGCCACCUAGACACUUCUCAAAUGCUGUCAGCGACUCUGCUUCCAACACCCUCUCUGACAGUGUUUUCCAGUUACUCACCACUCUCUCCGUGAAAAAGGUACCCCUCAGAUCCUCUCUAAAUCACUUAAUCUUCACCCUAAAUCUAUGUCCUCGAGUGUUAUUUACCUCUGAUAUGGGAUAAAGUUUCCUGCAGUCUACCCUGGCUAUACCACUCAUAAUUUUAUAUUCCUCAUUUCUGUCCCCUCCUAAGCCCCUCCGCUCCAGAGGGAGAAGACCCAGCCUCUCCAGUCUCUCCUCAUAACUGAAACAUACCAUCCCAGACAACAUCCCUCCAGCACCCUCUUCAGUACUAUCACAUCCUUCCUGUAGUGCGGUGAUCAAAACUGCCUGCAGUAGUCCAGCUGAGGUCUGGCCAAUGUUUCAUAAAGUUAGAGCAUAACCUCCCUGCUCUUGUAUUCAAUGCCCUGACUAAUGAAGUCCAGCAUC